AUGCGUGAGAUUGUUCACCUUCAGACCGGCCAGUGCGGUAACCAGAUUGGUGCUGCCUUCUGGCAGAACAUCUCUGGCGAGCACGGUCUCGACAGCAAUGGCGUGUACAACGGCACUUCCGAGCUUCAGCUCGAGCGCAUGAGCGUCUACUUCAACGAAGCCUCCGGCAACAAGUACGUUCCUCGCGCCGUCCUCGUCGACUUGGAGCCCGGUACCAUGGACGCCGUCCGUGCCGGUCCCUUUGGCCAGCUUUUCCGCCCCGACAACUUCGUCUUUGGCCAGUCCGGUGCCGGCAACAACUGGGCCAAGGGUCACUACACUGAGGGAGCUGAGCUCGUCGACCAGGUUCUCGAUGUCGUCCGUCGCGAGGCUGAGGGCUGCGACUGCCUCCAGGGCUUCCAGAUCACCCACUCCCUUGGUGGUGGUACCGGUGCCGGUAUGGGUACCCUCCUGAUCUCCAAGAUCCGUGAGGAGUUCCCCGACCGCAUGAUGGCUACCUUCUCCGUCGUUCCCUCUCCCAAGGUUUCCGACACCGUUGUCGAGCCUUACAACGCCACCCUCUCCGUCCACCAGCUGGUCGAGAACUCCGACGAGACCUUCUGCAUUGACAACGAGGCUCUCUACGACAUCUGCAUGCGUACUCUCAAGCUCUCCAACCCCUCCUACGGCGACUUGAACCACCUCGUUUCCGCCGUCAUGUCCGGUGUCACCACCUGCCUGCGUUUCCCCGGUCAGCUGAACUCUGACUUGCGUAAGCUCGCCGUCAACAUGGUUCCUUUCCCCCGUCUCCACUUCUUCAUGGUCGGCUUCGCUCCCCUGACCAGCCGUGGCGCCCACUCCUUCCGCGCCGUCAGCGUUCCCGAGCUCACCCAGCAGAUGUUCGACCCCAAGAACAUGAUGGCUGCCUCUGACUUCCGCAACGGUCGUUACCUGACCUGCUCUGCCAUCUUCCGUGGUAAGGUCGCCAUGAAGGAUGUUGAGGACCAGAUGCGCAACGUUCAGAACAAGAACUCGUCCUACUUCGUCGAGUGGAUUCCCAACAACGUCCAGACCGCCCUUUGCUCCAUUCCUCCCCGCGGCCUCAAGAUGUCUUCCACCUUUGUCGGUAACUCUACCGCCAUCCAGGAGCUCUUCAAGCGUGUCGGUGAGCAGUUCACUGCCAUGUUCCGUCGCAAGGCUUUCUUGCAUUGGUACACUGGUGAGGGUAUGGACGAGAUGGAGUUCACUGAGGCUGAGUCCAACAUGAACGAUCUCGUCUCCGAGUACCAGCAAUACCAGGAUGCUGGUGUUGACGAGGAGGAGGAGGAGUACGAGGAGGAGGUCCCUCUUGAGGAGGAGGUUUAA